AUGGAAGAUACGCUAUCCGAUCUCGCCACCCCGACCAGUCCGGAACAACCACUCAGUCCGCAGAGUUCUCGCAGUGGUGAAAACACAAUCUCCUCUCACCGUAAUGAAAGCCCCCUUUCUACGGGCAAUCCCGAGAAUGGAGAUACCGGGUACGAAGUCUAUAGGCGAAAUCAGGUGGGGACUCCUAAUAGUUCGCGGAGUGAUGAUAGUGAAACAUAUCCGAAUCAAGAGAAUAUGGAUGUCGAUGACACGACGAAUGAAAGUGAUACCGAAAGAGAUGAUAAUGUGCUAGGAGAGCGAGUUCUUAAUCAAAAUCUCAUAACUGAUGAAGAAAAGACUGCCAAUGCCGAAUUUUUUUGCGGUAAAGCUGCAAAAACGCCCGAGCGAUACAUGCGUAUUAGAAAUUAUAUCUUGAAUGCAUGGAUUAAUAGUAAACCAGGUUACGUGACAAAGACGAGUGUUAGACCAGGAUUAAAGGACUGUGGAGAUGUAAAUGCUAUUGGCCGCGUUCAUCAGUAUCUUGAGGAUAUAGGAGCAAUCAAUGUUGGCGCGGCCUCCCCAUCUGUAAAACACAAAAAGACGGUAAAGAGGAAAGCGCGUGUUGUCGAAUAUGUUUCUGAUACGAGUUCAAGAGGAAAAGAUGACGAUGAAUGGUACAAAGGAAGGUCUCGCAAACGUCGAGUACGUAGCACUAAUGGAGAAUGGGUAUAUGAAAGAGACCUUGGUGGUCAUGUAAUAUCUCAUGAUCCUAGUUCUGUCGACGUAUCGGGUGGUAGACGAAUGAGAAGACGGAAUAGAGUUAAUUACAAUGAAAAUUAUGGAACAAAUGAUCCAUUUAGAUUAGUUCCGCCACAGAAGCAUACCGAUAAUAAUCCGCCACCGUUCAGGGUCACAGCAUCUUCAAACGCAAUGUUGGUCAUGGAUUUUCAUGCUCACUUGGUCUCCACCGAAAUCAUCGGUCUGCUUGGUGGGAAAUAUAACCAUGAUGAAGGCUUUUUACAAGUAUCAAUGGCUUUUCCCUGUCAAAGUUUCAGCACCGGAUUCCAGUGUGAGAUGGACCCCAGCUCUGAGCUUGAAGCAAGAGAUGCCUUUGCUGCGAAAAAUUUGGAUGUCAUAGGAUGGUAUCACUCUCAUCCAACGUUCGACCCCCAGCCAUCAAUACGUGAUAUCGAAAAUCAAGCCAUGUAUCAGGAAUUAUGUCGGCAUGAGAGCGGUAUUGAACCGUUCAUUGGUAUUAUCGUGACACCAUUUGACAGAAGAGACCCGUCUAAUAUCUCAAAAUUUGAAUUCCUUUCGAUUGGGAAUGAUUACGAACCAUUAGGAACUUAUCGAAUUCCGUACAUUUGUCAAAGACAAGUCAUACAAGAUACCAAUCUUUCUGAAGAAUUGUAUACGCAACUGGAGGGACUUAUACGAGAAUAUCAAGAUAACCACGAUCGUGUAAAUAUGUGGGACAUAUACCGUAAUGAUCCUGAAACUUCUCGACUGGACAAGUUUCUCCAAUCCAUAUCAUCUCACAUAUUCACGGAUGCUGAUCAGUCAACAGCAUUUAUCAAUCGCUUGCGUGAGAUGAUCGAACGCGACUUCAAGCCAUCUCUAUCCAAGACACAUGAGGAAGGUGACGUAAAGCCACAAGUGAAUGUGGAUGGAGAGUUGGUCAGUAACGAGAAUGAAGGGAGGAAAGUUGUGCCUGAUGACCGUGUUGUCUUGGGAUCGCCAGCUGAAUUCAAAGAAGAUAUAGUUUGUAAUGAGAGAAAUCUAAACUAUGGCGGUGCUAUUGUUUGUCCUGUUAAGGAAGAAGUAAUAGUAGAGAGUAAUUGA